AGGAAUCCGAAAAAGUGAUAUUCGUUUCCCUUCUCGGAUUUUUAGAGGUAUCCUCUCAGUAUAAGCUUGAUAUCGUGAACUCAUGUGGCCAUUCUCUUGUGCUCCCACUCCACACAACGCCAGUUUCAUGCGGAGAUGGAUUCGUGCAAAGAAUUGUUCAAGGAUAGAGAUGGUGAUGCGCGAAAGCCUGAGUUCUUCAAAGUCUUGAUGCAUGGUUUUGACAAGGAGCUGGGCAUUCCACCGGCAUUUGUUAAGUACAUUAUGAAUCUUAGAGGCAAAAGUGCUACGCUAAUUAGUCCCCUUGGCAAGCCAUGGAGUGUCCACAUUCAUGGCCAAAACCGAAACAUGUGCUUCAGAGAGGGUUGGCGAGAAUUUGCACAAGCCCAUGAUUUAAAGAUGGGGUGCUUCAUGGUGUUCAGUUACGAAGGUGAUGGGACUUUCAGCUUUCAGGUUUUUGAUACGAAUGCAUGUUGGAGAAACUAUAGUCCUAUUGGUGUGCAGAGUGUCAGACAAAUGGACAUCAAACAAGAGAUGGACUCCAAGAAUGAUGCAGAAGAUAUAAUUCAAAGGCCAACAGUGCAAGUUGGUAGAAGACAGAAGAGAAUGAUGGAUGGAGGAGAAAUGUCAAUUCAAAGAAAGUGGAGAUAUUGCAGUGGGAGGAAAUCUUUUGAGGCCAUCAUAAAGGAUCACAACCUUACUAGGAAUUACAUGCAUAUUCCUGUCUCCUUCAGAGAAUCCAAUGACAUAGCAAAAAAUCAUGAAGUGAUUCUCAAUGAUGUGGAAGGCAGGUCAUGGCGUGUCAGAGUAUGCAACAGAGGCAGAAAGGGUGUAUGCUUGGCACAAGGAUGGCAGGAAUUUUGUGCCGAUACUGGAUUGGAAGAAGGCGAUAAGUGUAUCUUCGAGCGAGCAUCCAUGAAGGACAACAAAAUGCUUGUUAGGAUUUUAAAACGGUCUUCUGGAAUGGAACAGAGGUGCAGCUGCUGCAUGAAUUGGGAAGAGCACUGUUACUGGGAUCAUUUUGAGACAACAAGAAUCCAUUUUUUCAAGGUUAUGGAUGGUGAUUUCUCUCAUCGCAUGAUUAUCCCAAAGAAGUUCGUGAAGAAUUUCAAAGAGGAAUUGUCUCAAAAUAUUCAACUGAAAGGUCCUAGCGGCAACCUGUGGCAUGUCAGACUGUCGAAUGAUGCAGAAGAUAUGAUUUUUAACGAUGGAUGGAAGAAGUUUGUGGAAGAUCACUACAUUAAAGAAGGCGAUAAUUUGGUCUUUAAAUACCAUGGCAACUUAUGCUUCAGUGUCCUGAUUUUUGAUCAGACUGGUUGUGAGAAAGAGGCAUGCUACUUUGUUAAGGACACCAAGAAUAAAGCUAAGGAAUCAUGCCAAUCAGUAAAAGAAAUUUUGGAGGACUCCUUGGAAAUUUUACAUGAAUCCUUACCUCCUAAAGCCCAUAGUCAUGGUUCUUCAAAAAUAUUGUGUAAUGACAGAAAACAAAUGCGACGUCGGUCAGCUCCUCGCAAGGUCAAUGACAAUAUUUCUGACAACAGUCUGAGAGUCAAAGAAACUAAUCCCAAGAGAAAAAUCAGAGAUUUCAUGGAAAUUUUACAUGAAUCCUUACCUCCUAAAGCUCAUGGUCAUGGAUCUUCAAAAAUAUUCUGUAAUGAUAAAAAACGAAUGCAACGUCUGUCAGCUCCUAGCAAGCUUCCUCAGGUCAAUGACAAUAUCUCUGACAACAUUCUGCAUGUCAGAUCAACUAAUCCCAAGAGAAAAAUCAGAGAUAACAAUUUUUCCAGGGAUUCAGUGAAUGAAAAAGAACAAAUUGUCAAGUUCACUAAAGUCAAGAAGCAAAAUACUAAGAAAGAAUUCCAACGUAUUUGGAGGAGAUUGGCGACUGCUGAAGGAAAAGCUCAAGCACAGCUGAAAGCUAUCUCGUAUCAACCAACCCACCCUUUCUUCCUAAAAGUUAUGAAGCCAACCCAUGUGUACAAAAAAUUUUUCCUAAAUUGCAGAAUGCUCGUAAUGGGCUAUGGUUUGGGUUUACGGACCAUUCCAAAUUGCUUUGCAGCUGAGCAUCUUCCUCGUGAAAAUCGAACAAUUGAUCUUCGCCUCCCACACGGACAGAAAAUGUGGAGAAUGAGUUAUUUACAUUAUGAUUGUUUCUCGGGGCUUGGCAAACAAUGGAAAAAUUUUGCAAUAGACAACAGCUUGGAAGAAGGAGAUGUCUGCGUUUUUGAGCUAACUGGAGAGCUAGUCUUGGACGUUCACAUCUUCCGGGCUGUCAUUGACUCCACCCUGCCCAACAGGGAAUCAAAUUCACCAGGAAAGAAGUGAUUCGUGGACUAGUUGAUCGAAACUUGUCUUUUUUAUGUGUCUCUAUGGUGUUAUAAUCAGUCUAGAUGAUGCCUAUGGAGCAUAUUUGGUACUUUUUUGAGACAAUAUGUAGAACUUAUGCUUGUACUAAAGACUUACUGUAUGAGAUGUAUGCCAAACCAUGGCUUGUAUUGUAGAAAUGCUUUUAUAUAUUUCGACUCUUCCUUGAUGUGGAGAUGUGCAUGAA